AUGGCUUCUCAUCCACUGAAAUCACUGCUCCAGUUGCAAUUAGCCUCGGAUUCGUCUUCAGUUUUACACCUAUCAUCUGUGUUGUCAACUCUAUCAGAGGGCAUCUUGUCUUCUUCCCCUCAUCUUCAGAAAUGGACAUCUCGGGUGACUGCCUUGAUUCAUUCAAAAGAUGCCGGAGCUCGGUGGGCUGGCAUAUGCAUUGCAUAUCGUACUUCAUCGCUAUCAAAGUCUACGAUGACAGAGUUUGCGCAGAGCUGGGCAGGACUCGCGCUGUCCAUUCUUACAAAACCCGAACCUCUGCCACUGCUUAAGGCGUCAAUAAGAUAUCUUCGGCAUGUCCUCAGUGCAGCAACCGACGUGCCAGAGCUCCAAAGGCAACUAGCCACUCCUACCGUUCCAAAAUUUAGCCAGGCGCUGGUAUCUAUCGUCGAAAGGGCUGCAGAUUACGAGCUAAAAGCUCUAGCGAUGGACACAUUGAAGGAUAUGGUUGUUCUGUAUCCUUCAUUGAAUAGAGCCUUGAGUUCCUCUAUCACAAAUGUGUGUCAUCAAUUACUCAAUGGAUCUGCACCGCAACGCACGAAUAAAUUGCUGCUGCACAAAGCGGCGAGCCUGUACGCUGUUCUUCAUUAUACCGGGGGCAAGGUUGGGGCCGGAAAUCUAUGGAAGAAGUCUGUAGAUGAGACCCUUCAGUGUCUCUGGACUGCGUCGAUGGGUCUCAGAACGACAUUUCCAGGCAAGGCCCUGAACAACCCCUCGCCCUCCGAUGGACUAACAUGUGAUGAUCCAGUGCUAGCUGUCGCCCUCAAUCUUGAUAGAUUACAAUGCUGCGCUACUGCGCUUUGCAGUUUACUAAGGACGACCGUUCAAAGACCAGUCCAUCUUGCUACCGCUGAAGAAGAGAAAGAAGGCCACAUUGACGCAACAGUCAGGGCUUUGGAACUUGCUAUUGUGCCUGAGCUGCAGAGCUCUGCAUGUGAUCUGCUCUGUUGCCUGGCAAAGACCGUUCAGCAUCGACUGACACCGUACGUGUCCCGACUAAUUGUUAUGAUAACAUACCAUCUCGAACAAAACCCUCUACCAGAGCGGCGAUGUUCAUUGCUCCAGUGCAUCCAAGCUUUAUUGAACAAUAGCUUCCCUACCAGCGGCGAGCUUAGUUCCACGAGGCUCGUUAAAGGCGUCAUACUUUCUCUCAUGCCGCUGCUGUCAACACAGACUGAUGCACAUACAGGCGAAAUGAGUUCUGGACAGAGCAAAAAAGGCAGGAAACGUAGACGAGAUUACGAAGGCGACGAAGUAUUUAAACUAUCAAAAGAUGUCAUUUGUUCAUCGAUCGCCGAGGGAAAGGUUAUUCUUUGUGCUCUAGAUGCUCUGCAAGUUACAAUGCGAGGCGCUGAGUUGCAAUCCGCCAUCCGCUCUCUGGCCUGCCGUGUCAUGUUAUCCUUGUCACUAUCAUUGACAGCCAUGUCGCGCUCCUCUUUAUCCCAAGACGUUCAUCUGCACAGUUUAGUGCUUGCAAAAGUGAACGGAAUGUGUCUAGAGCUUGCUCGAGGGACGACAAGUGCGAUGAGCAGAAGCCUUGGCUUGGUCCUCAGAUCAACUGUAACGGAAGGCCAUGAACACGUAGGCAAUCUGACCUUCUUCUCCAUCCUCGCGGUACCACCACUAGUCCGCCCGCUGCCUCAUGUGGAAGCACUAUCUCUAUUUCGUGCGGAGGAAAACAACGAAGAGCUUGUUGCUCGUAAAUCACUUGCCUUGGCUACAACAUAUGAUGCAAAUAUCAUGGAUGUCGUGGCAGAUCCCAACGCAGUGACCCCGACACCCGAACCAACCCCUCAACCCGUACCGACGCAUUUACCAAUACCAACACCAAAAAUCACAGCUCCUGAACCAAUCUCAAUAUCAUCUCUAGCGCCAACCAGUCAAAAAAUGACAUUUUCAAUCACGACAGCAUCGACAAAAGAUUCUGCCGACAUCCCUUCAGCGAUAUCAGGUCAACAGCCAACAAAAUCUCUGCUACCGUCAUCUUAUACUCAGAUGGAACUUACUCCUCCUACGGUUGAGCCUCGUAUCAUCCCGGUAAUGGUGAACGAUGACGAUGAAGAGGAAGAGGAAGGAAUGCCGAUUAUUGAUAUGGAGUCGGAUUCAGAUGGUUGAUAGUGCGAUACAAGUGGGGUACGGCCCUGCAUUCACUUGUGAGCCGUUGAACGAGUACAUUCAAAAGUUUCUUCUCCUUCGCUUUGGUUGCGAUGGCUGAAAACCUUUGGUGUGAGUCUCAUCUUCAGAAUGAUGGCUUGCGAAAGAGAGUGAUUCUGGUCCUUGAGAAAUGGAAUGCAGCUGACAGAGGUGAGCUCUCAGGUUGGACAGAAUCACGACACCUUACCUUGUGCAAAAACUCGCUUACGACAAUGUUAUUGGGAUCCAAUACCUUUGCGUGUUCAAGAUAGGUCUGAGCGCGACUGAGAGAGUUGUUAUCAUAGGUAGAUCCCUCGGCUUCAUUAGCACCUGGAGCCAGGGCCUAAGACCGAUACGCCAGAAUAGUCGACACUUCAAACACUGACCAUGCUGAUUCUGGAUGCUGGGCUAUGAAAAUACACAGCAAGCCUGCAUAGACGUGAAGU